UUUUGGGCUGAAAACCUAUUUUUUCUUUUCUCUUCAUACACUCUUAACUGUAAGAAUCUUCAUUUUAUUAUCACACUAUCCAAGUGUUAGUGACAAAAGAUCUUAACAUGGAUGAUUAUUUCGAAUCACCUGAAUCUGAUGAUAAUGAUGAUGAUGAACAACAAGGUUUAAUGGAUGGUGAUGAUUCAUAUUAUGAAGAACAACAAAUAGAUACAAUAUUGAAACAACGACGUCGAUCAUUGCAGAUUCUGAAUCAGCAUUUCAAAGAUAUUGAAGAUUAUUAUGAACAUCAUGAUAACCAUGAUAACGAAGAAUUGGAAUUCUAUACAUAUGAUACAGCGCCACGAGAGAAUCGUAUACAAAUAUUCUGGAAUAUUUAUCAACAAUGGUCACAGUGUUUACCAGGCGGCGGUGUUGAACGUAUGCUUUGCAUUAUGAUGGCCACAUUUCUUGUGUUGAUGAUUGUAUCGAUUCAAUUAUGUUUACGUAUGGAUUGGUAUUUAGAUUGGAUAUGGUCAACAAGUUGUUUACGUUUUCCAUGGCGAUAUUUAUGGUGGUGGAAUAAUGAUCCUAAUUGUUUAUGUGAACCACCAAAUCAUGGUGAAAAAAUUAGUUUCGAUUGUUAUGUAUUGUUCUUGAUUCUUGGCUGGUUGUCAUCAAUGUUUUUGGCCAUAUUUACAAUGGCCAUUCAUUUUGUUUAUUGGUGUUGGUGGCGGCGAUGUUUUGGUCGACGACGACAUUCAUCAUCGUCGUCUCAAUCACAUUGACAACAAUCAAUGAAUAAUCAUCAUCAUCAACAACGACAAACAUAUGAUGAAUUGAAUUGAUCAAGAAUUUAAAAAAAAAGUCGAACAUUAGUAUCUCCAAUAACGAAGACGCCAUCUAUCGAACUGAAUAAUUCUCAAAAAAAAAAUUUAAUUUUUUUGCAAUUUCAUUUAAUUUAUAUCAAAUCCAAUAAUUG